AGUCUCGGGUUAUCUCGCCAAGGGCGAGAUUUGGCGAGAUUCAUCAUGGCGGGAGAGCAAGCUAAGGAAGGUGAAGCCACGCAAAAUACGCAGCAAACGGAGGUUCCUGCGGAGUCUAGACCUGAUGGAGCACCACAGGAGCAAGCCCAGAGACCCAGAGGGCCUGCGAUGGGGGGUCCGAGGGGACUCAGGCCACCUCUCAACCGGAUGCCCCCACCCAGAUUUCGAGGCCCCCCAGGACCUGGCCUCCCCCUGGUGCGCGGACCCCCUCCCCUGAGAGGCCCCAUGCCCAUGAUGAGAGGGCCACCCCCUCCGCCAGGUCCUCCCGGGAGAUAUCUCCGACCGCCGUUCGACCCAAACUUCCCCCCCAUGCCGCCCCCUCCAGGGGGGAUGCCUCCCCCGGGGAUGCCACCUCCACCCAUGCAGAGACCGCCCAUGAUGCCACCCCCUAUGCCAGGCAUGCCACCCCCGAUGAUCCCACCCCCUGGUCAGCCGCCCCCCAACAUGCAGCCACCCCCCAUGCAGCCCCCUCCACUGCCUCCCCCACCCCGGCCUCCCCGCACCCAGCCCCCCACGUUAGACCCUAACCAGGAGAUCUGGGUGGAGAACAAGACUCCUGAAGGGAAGGUGUACUACUACAACGCUCGGUCCAGAGAGUCCACCUGGACUAAACCUGCAAAUGUCAAGAUCAUCCAGCAGAGUGAGCUGCAAGCUUUGGCCGCACAGGCUACCUCAGCGUCGACAACUGGCACACCCUCCACUGUUACAGCCUCUCCUACAACAUCUACAGCACCAGUUACAACCACAUCAACACAGGCACAGCCCCAGCCUGCUCAAGUCGUUACCCAGGCUCCAGCGGUCCCUCCCGCCCAGCCGGUCACCACCGCCCCGGCCCAGGUGGCCCCGCCCCAGCCGACCCUGGCCCUGACCCAGCCGCCGCCCAUGUUACCUGUACCAGGCCAGCAGCCGCCCGGACUGCCCACCAUGGGUCACAUGAUCCACCAGGCCAUGCCUCCCAUGAUGCCGCCCUUCCGCAUGCCCAUCCCGGGGAUGAUGCCCAUGCCUGGAAUGCCUGAUGUUGCUUUUCUGAGGCCCGAGUUGAUAGAGGGGAAAAUCCGACAUCCACUGGGUGGUACAGCGGUUUUGCGUCGGUACCGCAUCCAUGCUGGCCCCCUCGUGGAUGGCAUGCCACUUCCAGGGAUGGUUCCCCACGGCAUGCCUCCAGGCAUGUUUCCUCCACAGGUCACCCCUCAGGUCACCCUGCUGAACGGCGAGUGGUCGGAACAUCGCAACGCCGACGGGAGAACGUACUACUACAACCACCGCACCAUGGAGUCCACCUGGGAGAAACCCAAGGACCUGCAGAACGCCAUCGAUGCCACCAACCAGCAGGCUGCCAGCCCUACAGCAGCCAUCACGGCAGCUGGACUUGAAGCUGCCAAAGAAGAAGAGAAGAAGGAAGGGGAACAGAGCCAGGAGGAGAAGAUGGAGACUGAGGAAGGGGCAGAGGAGGACAAAAGGGAAGGGGACGAAUCAGAGGGAGAGAAGAAAGAAGAAGCGGAACAUGAACAGACAGAAGAGGAGAAGGCCAGAGAGAAGGCCAAACCUGUGGCUACACAGGGGGUACCUGGUACACCAUGGUGCAUCGUGUGGACGGGGGACCAGAGGGUGUUCUUCUACAACCCCACCACGCGCCUGUCGCUAUGGGAACGGCCGGAGGAGCUGCUGGGAAGGACGGACGUGGACAGGCUCAUCAUGGAACCUCCGCACGUCAAGAAGGACGAGGAAGCCGGCAUCAAGAACAAGAACGAAGAGACAUCAGAAGAGGAGCCUAAGUUGAAGAAGAAAAAGCUUGAAGAUGAGAAGAAGCCAUCAGACGUGGACCCAGAGAAGGAGGCAGCUAUGGAGGCGGAGAUCAAGGCAGCUCGGGAGCGUGCCAUCGUGCCGCUGGACAUCCGUAUGAAACAGUUCAGAGACAUGCUGCUGGAGAGAGGAGUUUCAGCAUUUUCCACAUGGGACAAGGAACUACACAAGAUUGUCUUUGAUCCAAGAUACCUACUGUUGAACAACAAGGAGAGGAAGCAGGUGUUUGAGCAGUACGUGAAGCAGCGUGCGGAGGACGAGAGGAAGGAGAAGCGCAGCAAACUAAAGGAGGCCAAGGAGGAGUUUGUACAGCUCAUGGAGGAGGCCAAGAUAUCUGCCAAGACCAGUUUUAGUGAGUUUGCCAUGAAGAAUGGGAAGGACCAUCGCUUCAAGGCCAUUGAGAAGAUGCGUGACCGGGAGGCGCUGUUCUCGGAGUUCAUGACCACCCUGCGCAAGAAGGAGAAGGAGACGAGCCGUAGCCGUGCAGAGAAGGUGAAACAGGACUUCACAGACCUGCUCAAAGAGCAGAACGUGGACAAGUACUCCCGCUGGAGCAAAGUCAAGGACAAGGUGGAGUCAGACUCUCGCUACAAGGCUGUCGAGAGUAGCCACCUCCGCGAGGAGUGGUUCAAGAUGUACGUGGAGACAAAGGCAAAGGAAGAAGAUGCAGAGAAGGAGAGAGAAAAAGAGCGUCAGAGGAGAGCAGAGGAAAGCCUGAAGGAGAGACAAAGAGAAGUGCAGAAGGAGAGAUCAGAACUCAUCAGAGAAGUGGACAGAGAGAGAGAACAGCACAAGAGAGAUGAGGCAACCCAGCACUUCAAGGCACUGCUGGCAGAUAUGGUGAGGAAUGCCGACGCCAAUUGGCGUGAGACGCGGCGUCAGCUGAGGAAGGACCACCGCUGGGAGCUGGCCAACCUCCUGGACAGGGACGAGAAGGAGAAGCUGUUCAACGAGCACAUCGACAUGCUGACCAAGAAGAAGAGAGAACAGUUCAAGCAGCUGCUGGACGAGACGUCUGAGAUUACACUGAUGUCCUCAUGGAAGGAAGUUAGGAAAAUCAUCAAAGAUGACCCUAGGUUUUCAAAGUUCUCCUCCAGUGAUAGGAAACGUGAGAGAGAGUUCAACGACUACAUCCGAGACAAGUUUGUUGCUGCCAAGGCUGACUUCAGGACACUUCUGAAAGAGACCAAAUUCAUCACGUACAAGUCUAAGAGAUUGUUAGAGGAUACCGAUGGUCAUCAUCUGAAGGAUGUGGAGAAACUUCUGGAGAAAGACAAACGUUACCUGGUGCUGGACUGUGUUCCGGACGAGCGUAGGAAACUCCUCAUGUCGUACAUCGAGGACCUGGACCGUAGAGGCCCUCCCCCGCCCCCCACAGCGUCAGAACCCACCAGAAGAACGGUCAAAUAGUCAAAUUCUCCGUCCACAGAGACAGGCGUAGUUAAUGGUCAACCUUCUUAUGCGUCUAUUCCGUAGUCAUUCGAACAAACCGAGUUGCAACAGUGAACCUCUUGUAAGGUGCUUACUGGUAUUACGUGUAUUAAUUUCUUACAUUUUACCAUAGCAAAGUGUAAAAUGGUUAUAUAAGAUUGUGUACCUUAAAUAAGCUGCGGAAUGGUGGGCCUUGGUCCAGCCAUAGUCAAUGUUGCAGGAUUCAGUGCGGAGACGGUACAAAUGUAUAACAAUAGUUGCCACUUUCCCCUUUUUAUCCUCUUCAUUCUGUUAUGCUUGCCCAAGUCUCACUUUUUUUAAAGGCAAGAUGUCACACAUGUUGAUACCUUCUGGCUAAGUUUACUAAAACAUUGUAAGAUAAAAUGCACAGAUGUUUGGAAGCAGUGCGUUAAGAGGAACAUGGUAAAAUAAAUAAAAGGUCUGAAAGUCAACACAGGUCAGUUUGUUGCUUUUUAUGUCAGGUGUAAUAAACACUUUCUUGUCUAAAUGGUAUAUGCAAUCACACUUGUCUCUUCAGUAGUGUUUAACAGUAGGUGUUAAGUAAGGAUAGGAAUAGUCAUGUAGUUCUGAGACAGCCAUCUCUGGAACCAAGGACUCUGUGCUGGGAGUAGACCAUCGCUAUAGCAACUCAUGUAAACAACAGGGAAGUCUUGCACCUGUGUAUAAUUCUGUACAGUACAGUUGUACACCAGUCCUAUAUUGUACAGGCAAGACCUCUCACAAUGUGAUUUUAUACCAGACGUUGUAGGAAAGAAAAGUUUCCUGGAGAUAACCUGUAAGAUGUUGGAAGCAAUAAAGGGGUUACUUUUCUUA